UUAUCGUCAAUUGAGGAAACAUUAUCCCCUUCCUUCCCCAGCUCCACUCCGCUCAACGUACUUUCCAUCUUUCCUUUCUUUCCCCUCUCAAUCUCAAAGUCUACUAAAAUAAAAGCACUAAUCUUUUCCGUUUGCCUUGAAACCGAAAAGAUGUCAAUCUCAAUCUCCUCUCUUGCAUCAUCCCUCUCUUCACUCUCAUUUUCCUCUCAAAUUUCCCAAAAACCAAACACCCUUUCAUUUUCUCGGUCCAAAUCUCUCUCUCUCUCACUCUCCCCCUACUCCAACAACAACAAACAGCCCUUUACUCUCCGUGUCACCGCCACCGUUGCCUCUCCCGAAACAACUACCACGGACCUCAAGAAAUUAGUGAAAUCGAGACUCCCUGGUGGUUUCGCAGCUCAACCUAUUCAUGGCACUGGUCGCCGAAAAUGCGCCAUUGCUCGUGUCGUUCUUCAAGAAGGCACUGGCAAAGUUAUAAUCAAUUAUCGCGACGCAAAGGAAUAUCUCCAAGGUAAUCCAUUGUGGCUUCAGUAUGUGAAAGUUCCACUGGUAACUCUGGGGUACGAGAGCAGCUACGAUGUGUUUGUCAAGGCUCAUGGAGGUGGCCUCUCUGGUCAGGCUCAGGCAAUCUCCCUUGGCGUUGCUCGUGCAUUGCUAAAGGUGAGUCAGAACCACAGAAUCCCUUUGAAAAGGGAAGGGCUUCUAACCAGAGAUUCGAGAAUAGUUGAGAGGAAGAAGGUUGGUCUCAAGAAAGCUCGCAAGGCCCCACAAUUUUCCAAACGUUGAGAUUGGAAAUGAUUGCUUGCGUCUCCUCUUAUCUGCCUUGUUUGUACAUGUUCUUGUAGCUGGGUCAUUUAUGUCAAUGUAUUUCAGCGUCAGAUACUGUAUUAUUUUUGGGUGAGAGUACAAGGAAUUUAUUUUUGGUGA